AUGAAACCGUACAUGUUUCUGCUGCUUUUGGGAAUACACAAAGUCGUCACAGUGUAUCACUCUCUGAAGUAUUUCUACACGGCGUCUUCAGGAGUCUCACAUUUUCCAGAGUUUGUAGCUGUUGUGCUGGUUGAUGAUAUAGAAAUUCUUCGCUAUGACAGCAAGAUAACAAAAGCCACCCCUAAACAGGACUGGGUGAUUAGAGUUGAACAAGAUCACCCGCUUUUCCUCCAGAAUAGCACUGAGAGCUUCAGAGUGGCUGAAGAAGUCUACAAAAAGAACAUUGAUAUAGCAAAGCAGCGCUUCAACAAAACUGAAGGUACUCACAUUUUGCAAAUGAUGACCGGCUGUGAAUGGGAUGAAUCAGAUGGGAUCACAUAUGGCAACUUACAGUUUGGGUAUGAUGGAGAGGACUUCAUAGCGUUUGACCUGAGAACAGAGAGGUGGAUCACUUCCAGACCACAGGCCCACUCGACCCGGGCAAAAUGGGACCGGGACCAAGAGGACCGAGCAUACAGGAAGAAGUAUCUGACCCAGACCUGCGUUGAGUGGCUGAGGACGUAUUUGAUGUAUGGGAAGAGCGUGCUGAUGAGAACAGGUACAGGCACUUUAUGGACUCUAAGCUGA